AUGCAUUCCGAUGAUAAAUUUUUUAUAACAACAAAAAUAAAAAAGUUACUAAGGAAGCGAGAUAACGCAUACAAACAAGGAAGAAUGCAGAAGUUUAGGAAACUUCGUAAUAGAGUAGCAUCGGAAAUUACAAAGGCAAAGAGGCACUAUUAUGUAAUGAACAUUGGAAGGCUGAAUACCAACGGGGAUGCCCGAAUGUGGUGGAAGAAGGUCUGGAAACUGACUGGAAAGAAGAAACCUUCUAUCAAUCUCAGUGAGCAGGGAUCAGACUCCAAACUCGAAGAUAGUGAUGCUGCAAAUAUGAUUAAUACGUUUUUCGCAGAUCUAACAAAUGACUUCCCAGAAAUUCAAUCCAGAUGGUCAUCGUACGGUCAUUCAGAUGUCUUGCUGACUGUUACACCCGAAAGCGUUGCGAAAAAGCUUUUGUCCAUUCAGUCUCACAAAGCUCCCGGUCCAAACGACCCCUACCUCAAGAUAAUCAAAAUGUUUGCGCAUUCUUUUGCCAUCCCAUUAUUAUUUUAA